CAGACCCGAUAUGUAUGACGUGUGUUUAACGCGUGUAACUGCGGAAUGGGCUGCGCUACAUACCCAGUGCCGUCUGAGCGGACCUGGCAAACAGGGUUUCCACAGAACCCACCCAACCAUACUGAACAUGCGCCUUUCUGGCCUCACAUCGCUAGUCCUGUUGGGCACAGUCUAUGCCCUCCCAACACUUAUCCUUCCUUGGUUUGGCCACGUUCAACUCGAUAGCCUUCUGAAUGGCCUGAGUAACUCCCGUUUGGACAAAGAGAAGACGAUCUACCAAAUCUUGAAAGAAGAUGAUAAUUUCUCUCUCCUCGUUAAGGCGAUUGAUUUGAACGAAAGGGUCGUGGAGUUUCUGGACGACCCCACACAAAGUAUCACGUUCUUUGCGGUCCCCAAUUCGGGCUUGCCAGGGCACGGCAGACAUGGUGGCAAACAUGACGAUAAAGUGGACGACGCGUGCUAUGCCAGGUCUAUCAAUGACCUUGAGCACCUGAUCCUCCAAGUCGAACAGUUGGACUACCUGUCUGAUUCCGAUGACAAGGAAAAGCGCAAAGAAUGCCUCGCACGUCUCGUGCGUGGUAUUCUAGCGUACCACACCCUCCCCGAGAAAUAUACAUCUACUCAGCUUCACGAGAACUCUACUUACGCCACCGACCUCACUCCGAAAGACGGUUCUUUUGAUCACAAGCCGCUUAGAAUAUCCGUUCAAAGCAGAGUUCUUCCCCCCAAUUUGAAAAUUAACUUCUACGCCGGUGUAACCCAACGUGACAUUGAAGCAAGCAAUGGAAUCAUCCACCACAUCACUAGGCCUCUACUACCCCCUCCCUCGAUCUUUCAAGCAGCUUUUCUAUUCCCGGAGGCUUUCUCUUACGUUACAUCGGCCAUUCAGCGCGUACACCUCACCGGGGCUGUGGAUCGGUGGUAUGUUCCGGGAGAAGGUCAUACACGUGGCAACUUCCAUGGAGCCCCUUCGACUACGUUCUUUGCACCGACUUCAGCCGCGUUUCAGCGCCUUCCGAAAAAGCUUCAGCGUUUCCUGUUUUCUCCUUUUGGUGAAAAGGCACUGAAAAAGCUUUUAGAAUUUCACAUCAUACCUGACUUUGUUCUAUUCAGUGAUUAUGUGCACAAUGCCACUUCGGAGGCGUCGGCCAAAUCCGAUCUUAUAAGUGACCUGCAGGCGGCCCAGUAUCAUGCCAGCCCUCCAGGAUUCCCUGCAGUCCCUAUGGACGACAGCGUGGUGGAACACCCUCGCAAAAAACCCACCCACCUUCCCAAACCUGCCUACGAAUACCACAUCACGCUUCCCACACGGCUCGCUAACCAUAGUGUCCAUGUCCACGUCGCACGUUACGAAUCCAAGUUGCCUCUCCCUGGUGGUCUACGCUCUUUCACCAAGUUUAGGGUCAAUGGUAUAGAGGCCGGUCCAAUUGAUGUUCCGACCCGUAAUGGUGCCCUCCAAGUCAUCAGCGCACUCUUAAACCCGCGGAAGCACCACCAUUGCCAUCACGACCACGACCAUGAGGACAAGAGUGUCAUGGAAGAUAAAGUCGAUGCAUCCUGGGAUGAUUGGGAAGAAUGGUUGCCGCAAUGGGCCUUGGAGGACUGACACAGAAUUGACUCGCAGCCAGAUGAUCAGAUUGUAUUGUAUCACUAGAUAUGUGUAUCUUUCCCUGUGUUUCGAGAAUCCCACUGGUCCGCUUCUGAAAUG